UUUUUUUUUUUUGCGAUGAGUUUGCCACCGAAAGUGGUUCCCAAACCCGCCGCUGUCGUCGCAGUGAGCGGACCUGGAAGUGGCCCCUCUCCGUCGAGCCAGCUGCGGGCUACCCUGACCUCCGUCUCUCUGCCGCCGGGAGCCCCCACAGUCCCUCAGCCCGGCUCCGUACCGCCACCUCAAAUCCCACGGGUUCAGCAAUCACUGGACGAGAGGAUCUUCCCCACACAGCCUGGAGUUACUGCAGUAUACAGCGUACCCAGGCAUGCUGGCCCUCCUUACACUGCUCACGACAUCACAAAGGGACAUCCUGGCUUGGCGGGCACACCGCCCGGUCAUGCUCACCCCCCAACGCUUUCUCAGGUAUCAUUACCCACAGCUUCCCCAUAUCGCUACCCUAAGGGCUGGGAGACAGGCGGAGGGUCUCCCUACAACCCAGGACAAAAUGCUGGCUCCGCCCCUUUAGUGUAUUCCGCACAGACGCAGGCAAUGAAUGCACAGCAACAAAGUCGCCCGUUUGCUACGGGCCCUCGACCAACCCACCAUCAGGGAGGAUUCAGGCCCAUCCAGUUUUUCCAGAGAACUCAGAUGCAGACCGCGAGGCCCACCAUCCCCACAAACACACCCUCUUUACGGCCCGGCUCGCAGAACCCCACGGCGGCCGUGUACCCAACUAACCAACCAAUCAUGAUGGCCAUGGCACCCAUGCCUUUCCCUUCCCCACAGGCUGCACAGUACUACAUCCCACAGUGUCCUCUUUUCUUUCAGUAUCGACACAGUACGCCCUACGUGGGACCUCCUCAGCAGUAUUCAGUCCAGCCUCCAGGGUCCGGCACCUUCUAUCCUGGUCCUGGGCCGGGGGAGUACCCUUCCCCGUAUCAUCCCCUCAGGUACCACCCGCCUGUCUCACCCUCUGUCCCCGCUCCCGUCCCCACAGCUGGUCCCCCCUACUAUCCAGGACAGGCUGUGUACCCCCCCUCACCCCCCAUCAUAGUGCCUACACCACAGCAACCUCCACCAGCCAAGCGAGAGAAAAAACCAUCCUCCCAGAUCCGUAUCCGUGACCCCAAUCAGGGCGGCCGGGACAUCACAGAGGAGAUCAUGGCGGGAGGUUCAGGGAGCAGGAAUUCAACGCCUCCCAUCGGCCGGCCCUCCUCUACCCCCACACCCCCACAGCAGCUGAACAGGAGCCAGACUCCAGAGCAGCAGCAGCAGCAGCAGCAACAGCAGCAGCAGCAACAGCAGCAACAGCAGCCUCCUCAACCACAGCCGGCCAAUCCUGGAGGCUACACGUUGGAGCCUCCGCAGCUACCACAACCACCGCAGCCCCAGCAGCCACAGCAGCCGCUGACGACUCGGGCCUCAGACACCAAACCAGGGCCAGAUGAAACGCCAAAACUGGAGCCAGUGGUCCAGAAGUCUUCCUCACCUGUGCUCGUGCAGCCUGAAGCUCCUAUGGAGAGACUCGAGGCCAGCGCUGCUGUACCUGAGCCCUCGUCUACUGUGGAACCAGAGCUUCCCUUCACAGCCGUGAUGGCCGCCCCCGUCACUCUCCCUGUUUCAGUGGCCAAUAAGAGUGAACGUCCCUCAGCAAGGGAGUCCUCUUCAUCAGCCUCUUCUCCCUCCCCCUCGCUGGUGGAGCGCAAACCUUCUUUGGUGUCACCUCAGACUCCCAACACAGACAAGCCUCUUUCAGAAGCCCCACGGACUCUGGCCGCCUCGCCUGCUCCAGCUCCCAAGGCUUUGAACGGCCUUGCAGAUUCUGUGACAGAGCUGGACCCUCCAGUCCAUGAGCCUUCUCCUCUGUCCCCAGCUUCACUCCAGCCUCCGGUCUCUGCUCCGGCCUACAGAGAUCCCUCCUCCUCUGAAACUUUGCCCUCUGAAGUGAGGCCAGAGGUGCCCAUUGCUGCUGUGCUCGCUCCCAUGGCACCUGUGUCUGUGGUGCCAGUCACCCUGACCUCAAGCCCUGCCCCUGCUCUGCCUGUCAUGCUCCCCCCCGGCCUUCCGCCUCUAGUGCAGGCCACGACAGAGGCUGACGAGCCGAGCAAGUCCUUAGACACUAAAGACCUCGUCCCCAGAGUGGGAACUGAGGCACUUGGAGGCAUUACUGACAACAAAACAGAGUCCCAACAACAAGCACUCACCAGGAGGAGUCCCACUACAGUAAAUCAGACUGCUUCUGCUAUACCAAAGACCUGGAGGAAACCAAAUGAAGGGAUCUCUGCUGGAGAAGCUUCUCAAAAGGAGGAGGAGGAGGAAGAGCCCAGGCCAGUAGACCUCCCUGCAGGAGAGCAGACCCUGCAGACCACUCCUCUGAGCAGCAGCCCGGUGCCUCUGCCAUCAUCAGUGUUCACCUCCAGCCCCGUCCCAGCUCCGGCCAGCAGCCCCGAGGCCGAUGGAAAGCCUGCCGCCCCGGAGGAGAACGGCGAGGCCGAGAUAGAGCCCAUGAGGAACGGAGCCGGCCACACGUCAGAGACGGAGAGCAGCGACAGCGGAGCCACACCCGGAGACAAGGAGAACUCCACAGGGGCCGCACAGGACAUCGAAGACCUGACCGACCCCGCUGGGAAGCGGCAGUAUAACAGGGACUUCUUGUUGGGCUUCCAGUUCAUGCCCGCCUGCAUACAGAAGCCUGAGGGGCUCCCACCCAUCAGUGACGUGGUGCUGGACAAGAUGAACCAAAACAAGCUGCCGUCUCGAGUGGUGGAUUCCAGAGCGAUCUCCAGAGGACCCGAUUUCACACCUGCCUUUGCAGAUUUUGGCCGGCAGAUUACCGGAGGACGAGGGGCUGCACUGAUUAACAUCGGGGCACGGCGGCCUCCACCCAGGAAGAUCAUCAUGAACGUGUCGGUGAAUGACGAGAUUCAGCUGAAAAAGUCCGAGAACGCCUGGAAACCUGGAAUGAAGAGGGAGUGUCCUUCAGAGGAUCCUGAGAUACAGAAAACACAGGAUCUUUUCAAGAAGGUUCGCAGCAUCCUGAACAAGCUGACGCCUCAGAAGUUCAACCAGCUGAUGAAGCAGGUGACGGAUCUGACCAUCGACACCGAAGAGAGGCUCAAAGGAGUCAUCGACCUGGUGUUUGAGAAGGCCAUUGACGAGCCUAGCUUCUCUGUGGCCUACGGAAACAUGUGCCGCUGCCUCGCCACGCUCAAAGUGGCCAUGACGGACAAGCCAAACACCACAGUGAACUUUCGCAAGCUGCUGCUAAACCGCUGCCAGAAGGAGUUUGAGAAAGACAAGGUGGACGACGUGGUGUUUGAGAGGAAGCAGAAAGAGCUGGACUCUGCUGCAUCGGCGCCGGAGCGGGACCGGCUUCAAGAAGAGCUGGAAGAGGCCAAGGACAAGGCGCGACGGCGUUCCAUCGGCAACAUCAAAUUCAUCGGGGAGCUGUUUAAACUGAAGAUGUUGACGGAGGCCAUCAUGCACGACUGUGUUGUGAAGCUGCUGAAGAACCAUGAUCAGGAGUCGCUGGAGUGUCUGUGCAGGCUGCUCACCACCAUCGGCAAGGACCUCGACUUUGAGAAAGCCAAGCCUCGGAUGGAUCAGUAUUUCAAUCAGAUGGAAAAAAUCGUCAAGGAGAGGAAGACGUCUUCUCGGAUACGCUUCAUGUUACAGGACAUUAUUGACCUAAGAUUGCACAACUGGGUGUCGAGGAGAGCUGACCAAGGCCCCAAAACCAUCGAGCAGAUCCACAAGGAGGCAAAGAUCGAGGAGCAGGAGGAGCAGAGAAAAGUGCACCAGCAGCUGCUCUCCAAGGACAGCAAGAGACGGCCAGAUCCCCGAGAUCAGAGAGACCAGAGAGAUCAAAGAGAGCAGCGUGUGCAGAGGGAAGAGACCUGGAACACUGUGCCCAUGACCAAGAACAGCAGGACCAUCGACCCCACCAAGAUCCCAAAGAUCUCAAAGCCUCAAAUGGACGAGAAGAUCCAGUUGGGCCCUCGGGCUCAGGUCACGUGGGUGAAGGGCAGCAGUGGAGGAGCCAAAGCCAGCGACUCCGAACAAUCACGGACAGCUGGCCUCAAUCGUUACUCUGCGCUGCAGCAGACGCCUUCACCUCAACCCUCCACCACUCCUCCCCAGAACCAGGACUUUGACUCCAGGAGAACUCUGGGAAGCACUCGCAGCAGUACAGGGAGGGAACGCAGUGAGAAGCCGUUGAUCUCCGCCCCUCCAUCAUCUCGACCCGGAUCCUUCGUCAGGGGCAGCAGUUCGAAGGAGCUGCUGGAGACUCAGACCCCCGAGGAGCCGCGGAGAGACCGAGGGCGAGAGGGAGCCGAGCCCCGCAGACCGAGUGUCAGCGAGGAUAAGACAGAACCCGAGCGCAUCAGAGUCAGGGAGCCUGUGAAACCUGAGCCAGUGGUUCAGAUCCCUGACAGACCGGCUCUGUCAGAGGAGGAGCUGGAGAGGAAGUCCAAAUCCAUCAUAGACGAGUUCCUGCACAUUAAUGACUACAAGGAGGCCAUUCAGUGUGUGGACGAGCUUCAGUUGGGCUCUCAGCUGCACAUCUUCGUGCACGUCGGGGUGGAGUCGACUCUGGAGCGCAGUCAGAUAACACGGGACCACAUGGGCCAGCUGUUCUUCCAGCUGCUGCAGAAGGGACUCCUGCCCCAAUCUGAGUUCUGCAAAGGGUUUGCAGAAACGCUGGAGCAGGCGGAUGACAUGUCCAUCGACAUUCCCCACAUCUGGCUUUACCUGGCCGAGCUGCUCAGCCCCGUGCUGAGGGAGGGGGGCUUCUCUAUGAGAGAGCUCUUUAGUGAAUUAAGCAAACCUUUGCUUCCUGUGGGAAGAGCUGGGAUCUUAAUUUCUGAAAUACUGCACACACUAUGCAAACAAAUGAGCCAUAGGACUGUAGGUUCUUUGUGGAGGGAAUCUGGCCUCAACUGGAGCGACUUACUUCCAGAGGAAGAGGACGUCCAGGCUUUCAUCUCACAACAGAAGCUCCAGUUCGUCCUGUUGGACAGCUCCAGCUCCGAGGCGUCUCAGUGUAAAAAGAUCUUGUCUCCUGAGGAGCUGAGCCAGCAGCUGGAGAGGCUCCUCCUGGAGGACAUGGCCAGUGACGAGCAGAUCUUUGACUGGGUGGAGGCAACCCUUGAUGACUCUCAGAUGAGCUCGUCUCCCUUCCUGCGUGCUUUGAUGACAGCUGUGUGUAAGGCAGCAGUGAAAGAUGAUAACACCAACUGUCGAGUGGACACGGCCAUCAUCCAGAGGAGGUUGCCCGUUUUACUGAAGUACCUUAACUCAGACACUGAGCGACAGCUGCAAGCACUUUAUGCACUUCAGGCGCUGAUCGUCGCCCUCGAUCAGCCUCCAAAUCUUCUCCGGAUGUUCUUUGACUGUCUGUAUGACGAGGACGUCAUCUCGGAGGACGCUUUCUACAAGUGGGAGACGAGCAAAGACCCUGCCGAGCAGCAUGGUAAGGGCGUGGCCCUCAAGUCUGUCACGGCCUUCUUCACCUGGCUGCGUGAAGCGGAGGAGGAGUCGGAAGACAAUUGACAAGAGAGGGACACCCGGGAGACUCGGCGUAGAAGAACUGCAUCCUUACAGAACAAAACAAACAAAAAAAACAUUCAGAAUUGGUGUAUGGGCAGGACGACAUGUUUACGGCUGGAUUUUUUUCUGCGGUACGGUUCUGAAACAUGCCGCCAUUUUGAGUUUGGAUUCCAACGGCGGAAGCACUAAAUACCUGUAUUAUACAUAGAAAAUAUUUUUGUUUUAAAUUUUAACUUACUUUUCUUUUGUUACUUUUUAAGAAGAGACUUAAAGAUACAUAGGUUCUGGACUCUUUAAUUUAUUAUUUUUUUAAGGACUGCAAAUACGAAAGUUAUUUAACGUUUGCAGAGGCUCACAAAUGAGAACGAGACAACAGAAAUAACAAUAUAAUUCAUUAUAAUAACAAAAUAAUAAUUGUGAAAUAAUUAGCCUCCCUGGAUUCCACACUGUUUGGUUUAAAACAGGGUUAAACAAAGUUAUUUUGGGAUGACGGGGGAGCAGAGUUAAAAAAAAAAAAAAAAAAAAAAAAAAAAAGGAGCAAAGAUGCAAAGAAACUAUUAACGUUGUCCGUGUAUGACGUUCUAAAGUCAAAGGUUUUGUUCUGAUAACAACAAAGUGUUCCCCGCAGUCUUGGCUUGCUCUGCGUUGUUUAUGUACAUACACCUUGUGAGAGGUAGAGGUAUGCAUUCAAGAAGCGAUGCAAGUCAGUGCACAGAACUGUAAAAACAAACGCAGACGAACAAAGCGGAUACAUGAGCAAAAAUGCAACUUUAAAAAGCAAAUGGCCAGGGUCGCUGAACAUGAACAUGCUUGUAAUACUUCAGACCUACAGAGCAGAUUAAAGCUUGUAAAUACAUUAAAGACAAAAAAGGUAUUUAAAAA